AUGGUCAGCAAACUUCUUCUCCUAAUCAUUUCUUUCUUUCUUUUUCUUUUUCUUUCCUUCUUCUCUUCCUCUUUUAAUCAUUUUUCUUUCUUUUUCUUUUUUCUUUCCUUCUUCUCUUCCACUUUUAAUCAUUUUUCUUUCUUUUUCUUUUUUCUUUCCUUCUUCUCCUCAUCUUUUAAUCAUUUUUCUUUCUAUUUCUUUCCUUCUUCUCUUCCGCUUUUAAUCAUUUUUCUUUCUUUUUUCUUUCCUUCUUCUCUUCCUCUUUUAAUGAUUUUUCUUUCUUUUUCUUUUUUCUUUCCUUCUUCUCUUCCUCUUUUAAUCAUUUUUCUUUCUUUUUUUCUUUCGUUCUUCUCUUCCUCUUUUCAUCAUUUUCUUUCUUUUUCUUUUUUCUUUCCUUCUUCUCUUCCUCUUUUCAUCAUUUUUCUUUCUUUUUCUUUUUUCUUUCCUUCUUCUCUUCCUCUUUAA